AAGAAGAAGUCGAACCGGAAAUAAUAUUUACUCUUUCCGGUUUGGCGUCUAAGGUUUUCUUUUUUUUUGUUCAUUUUCUCCAUGCCAGAAUAGUAGUAUCAUGGCAAACAGAACCGUUAAAGACGCUAACAGUAUACACGGGACUAACCCGCAGUAUCUGGUGGAGAAAAUCAUCCGCACACGAAUCUACGAGUCUAAGUACUGGAAGGAGGAAUGCUUCGGUCUCACCGCUGAGCUGGUUGUCGACAAAGCCAUGGAACUUAAGUAUGUUGGUGGAGUUUUUGGUGGAAAUAUCAAACCCACUCCUUUCCUUUGUCUCACGCUGAAGAUGUUGCAGAUUCAACCUGAAAAAGACAUCAUUGUCGAAUUCAUAAAAAACGAGGAUUUCAAAUAUGUGCGUUUACUUGGAGCGAUGUACAUGAGGUUAACUGGAACUGCAGUGGAUUGCUACAAAUACUUGGAGCCUUUGUACAAUGACUACAGAAAGAUUAAGAGCCAGAACAGAAAUGGAGAGUUUGAGGUGAUGCAUGUGGACGAGUUCAUCGACGGGCUUCUUCACGCAGAGAGAAUGUGUGACGUCAUCCUUCCUCGGCUUCAGAAGAGGCAAGUGCUGGAGGAGGCUGAGAUGCUGGACCCAAGGAUUAGCGCUUUGGAGGAGGACUUGGAUGAAGUAGAAAGCAGUGAAGAAGAAGAUGAGGAAGAAGAUAAGCCCCUCACCACGGAGAGAUCGCCAUCGCAGCAAGAGCCCCCGGCGCCACCGCAGCAGGUCCAGAGAGAGACGCCACCGCUCCAAAUCACCAGGUCACCACAGAAGCCACAGACAUCGCAGCCAUUCCAAGUCCCCAGAGAGGAGUUCAAAAAAGAGUCACAAGAAGAGUCGAAGAGGAAACGAGUGAUUUUUUUCUUUCUUUUUGUCUUUAUACCAAACUUUCAGAAAUCUGCUUUCUAAUUCCUGUGUAUUUGUUUUCUUUUCCCUUAUUGUUUUUUUAUGGGGGGGGAGUAUAAAUAUAUAAAAUAUUUCAUGUAAACAUGUUCAUUGUGCUUAGAAUGUGUUUCAUAAUCUGAUUUGAUCUGACAUUUCAAAAAUAAAGGCCCCUAAAUUGUGACUCUUCGGAUGUUUCAAGGAUGUUGUUGUUGUU